CCUCCAACUUUUUGACUUGUGGCCUAAAACGACGUCUACAGCAAAAAUGUCUGUCUCGGAGUCAUGCAUCGUCUAUCCUCGCAAGGAGCUUGCUUCAAUGCGUAAAAAAUACUUCCGAGAACCAUUCGCCGAGGGCUGUCUCCCAGAAGGAGGCUUUGUCCUUCACGAUGAACGCUUCUCUCAGAUACUGGGCAGCAACCCCACUAUCAAAGUCAUCGCAGAACAAAUUGAACCAUUUGCUCACGAGGCAGGUGUGUAUAUGCCUGCCACGGGAGAAGUAUAUAUCACGAGCAACCAUCUACUCUGCGCUGGGGAGAAAUAUGUCCAGAUUUCGAGAGUUUACAACGAUUGGAAAGGCUAUCAUGUCGAUAGUAUCGAGCCAGACAUUGUUUUAGCUAAUGGCGGCGUCAAUUAUCGGGAAGGCAUCUUGUUCUGUGAGCAGGGCUCUCUCACUGAGCCUGGCGGUCUGGUCUACAUGAAGCCGGAGGAGCCGUAUAAGACUGAAAUGAUCAUAAGUGAUUAUCACGGACGACAAUUUAAUUCGGUCAAUGAUGUGGUCAUUCACAAGGACGGGAGUAUCUGGUUUACGGACCCAACAUACGGGCAUGAACAGGGCAUUCGACCAUUGCCACAAUUGCCCCCACAGACAUACCGAUACGAUCCCGGAACCGGAGAUAUCAGGGCGAUGGAUGACAGCCUCACGAAACCAAAUGGACUAUGUUUCUCUCCUGACCAGCUGACUUUGUACAUUACGGACACUGCAGGUAUGGCUGGCUGUACACAUACUUCUGGGAUUUAUUCUCCGGCGAAGGCUGCCUCCAUAUAUGCAUUUGACGUUAUAACACGCCACGGUGGUCCAUUCCUCGCCAAUAAGCGACUGUUCGCCUUUGCUGAUGUGGGUAUCCCUGAUGGUAUCAAAUGCGACACAGAGGGGAACGUAUACAGUGGAUGUGGAGAUGGAGUGCACGUCUGGAGCCCUGGAGGAAUGUUGAUUGGAAAGGUUUAUGUCCCUGGUGGAUGUGCAAACUUUUGCUUUGGGAAGGGAGGGGAGAUGUUUUUAUUGAAUGAGAAAAAGAUGUGGAGGGCACAGUUAAACCCGGAGCUGAAAGGGGAUUUGCUUGGGUUGUGAAAGCAGGAAAGGCAGUUUCUCUUCUUUCUAGCUCCGAGAAAUAUAAGAUCAAUCACCGAUUGACAGCAACAGCACCAGCCAGACUAGUUUAUUUUACUCCCUGUGGCUCUCGAACCUGCGACCUACUUAUAUACCCCAUGGCGGAUUGAUCCUAUUGUCACCACAACUACAGAAACCUUUUCACAACGCAGAUCGUGAGCGUUAUACUAGACAUUGACAAUACUAAUCGGCCCACAAUCUCAC